AUGCAACCUGCAGAUCAUGUCAAUCUUGAUUCCAACCAAAUUGGUUCUAUUGUGAUGAACUCUGUAAAGGAAAAUCCUUCCAUACCUAUCAAAAGUUUGGUAGCUGAAAUCAAGAAUCAUUUCGGAUAUUCAAUUUCAUAUGACAAAGCUUGGAAUGGUAAGCAAAAAGCGAUUGCUAAGGAGUUUGGAGAUUGGGAAGAGUCUUACAAUGAACUUCCCAGGUGGUAUCAAGCUGUACAAGAAAGCAAUCCCGACACAAUAAUUCAAUGCACUGGAUCUCCUAGAAUUGUUAGUGGCCAACCUGACCCUUCUUGCUAUAUUAUGGAACGCGUAUUUUGGUCUUUUGGACCAUGCAUUCAAGGAUUUAAUUAUUGCAAGCCAAUUGUCCAAGUAGAUGACACAUUUCCCGUCAUAUUAACUUCGGGUGACAAAGUAGUAUACAAUGGCGGACUAUUAUAG